AGUGCUGUUCAGUACUUUUUUUAUUUACCUCAACAGUAAAAUGAAAAGUAAACAUAAUAAUCGUUUUGUGAUAUACUUGAUUCUGCUGACUGUAAAAGUUUCAGAAAGUAUUGUACCUGAUCCUUGUCCUGGGACAGAUAUACUACCAAGAACUAGAGUGGUUAAAAUGUGUGAAACAGGAUCUGCAGUUGAAAAUAUAGAUGACGGCAAUACAAAUGUCGACAGCGUUGUACUUUCGUUAAUGGAAAACAAGAAUCAUUGUUCCUGCUACGUUAGUGUAGAGAAUAUGAAUUCCAAUACUAUAAUAUAUGUCAAACCUUAUAAUGAUUUAACUGCUUCUGCACCAAAGGAGCAACUUUGUGGAAUGAUAAUCGAUUUAUUUCGUAUUUAUCCAAACCAAAAUACUCAACGUGUUAAGGAGAUUCCUAUUGGAUGUAACAGUGGACACAAUUUACGUUCGCUUACUUUAACUAGCGAUAAUAAAAGACUUGAAUUUGUAUCCAAAGUGGCUGAUGGUAAUUUUACCAGAGGAUACUGCAUACAUAUUUCUAGAGCACACAAUUAUGGAGGUCAGGAUGAUGACAAAGAAUUGAAAUUGAUUUGCAGUAAUCAAGAUCAGUCAAUAACAACUACAUUACAGCCAACUACAUCUAACUUUAAUGGAUCGCUGAAUAAAAAGACUGAUUCGAUAGAUAAAAAUACAAUGUAUAUAUCCAUUGGAGCAGUCGCUGGGAUUAUUGUCUUCAUUUUAGUACUGGUGAUGGUGAUACUACUGUGUAAAAGGAGGAAGCGUCUGUAUUCAAGUAAAGAGGAAUCAAAAGCAAAAUGCUCAGCCACCACAAAACAGACUGUCGUUGAUGAAGAAGAAUACGACGGAUUGAAGUACAACAUGCUCUACGUAUCGUCCGAAAAAGAUAACCAUUUCGAUGCCAACUACUCUACCGUAGACGGAGAUUUAUCCAGGCAUAAACGUAUUAAAAAGGAAGAGGGUUGUAGGACAGUUGAGGACCAAGAACAUAUUCAUAAUUCAAAAUUAGAUAUACUGUUUGUUACGAAAAAUGCUCAACAAACAAACGGAGAUAAGAAGGUUAAUAUUGCUGCUUUAUCAGAAAACGGAUGUGUGUAUGCAGUUGUUGACAAAAGUAAUACAACAAAGAGCUACAUGAACAAUGUGGAAAUAAAAGUCUCAAGUCAAACUUAUGCUAUUGUUAAUGAAACCAGAAAAGACAACCCGAAGUAGAGGAGAUAUAGGGAGUAGUAUUGUGUUCACGUAUUUUACGUCAAAGUACCUUAGAACUAUAUAUCUUCCGAACAAGUACAAAUCAAUCUUUAUGAUAAGCCGAAAGUUACAUUUUGUACACCAGGAGGAGCAAAGUGUCAAAGUCAAUUAUACAGAAACCAUUAAUUCUUUUAAUUCAAUGAACAGUAAAAUUUCUGAUGACACCUCUAGUGAUGUUUUUCUUUGGAAGUAGAGGACUAUGAUGUUAUGUUUUCUAUCAUAUAUUUAAAAAAAAAUGUUUUUACCAUCAAAUAAGUUCUUGUUAUGUCAUGUAAUUUGAUUUUUGAUUUUUGUGUUUUAACGCCACUUUUAAGUAUCGCUUUUAACCUAUUUCGUGGCGGCCGGUUUUUAUUGAUGUAGGAAGCCGGAGUGCCCGGAGAAAACCACCGACCUUCGAUAGGAUGUU